AUGUCCAAAAUUUCUAAAAUAUUUACUAGUCGUACACUCAAAUCCCCGCACCCGAUACGAUACCCGUAUCCGAGUCCAGGUAACAUAGUUGAAUUGAAUAUCCCGGAAGAAUGGGUUCAUGUUGACGGCGUUGAUGGAUUGAAUGUCCCAGAAGAAGGGCUUGAGGAUAAUGUUGCAAGCGGUAAUGGAUUGAUUGUCCCAGAAGAAGGGGUUCAUGAUAAUGUUGAUGGCGAUGAUGAUAAUGCGGUGCAGGAAAUGGAAGGAGAAGAAGAUGGGCUCGAGGAAAAUCAAGAAAACGCAGUAAAUGAACCGCCGGAAGGGAAUGCUGAUAAAGAACCGAAAGAAACAGGGUAUCUUGAUCGUGAAGAUGAUGAUCGUGGUGAUCAAGGAAAAGGAAUUCGUCAUAAUGGUCCUGAUGAUGAUAUGCUUGAGAAGCAUCUUGAUGAUGAUCUAAAGUACAAUAAUGCCGAACACAAACUUCAAAUUAAACGAUUACUCCUUUCAAUAUUGCUAGAAGUGGAUAAGUCCUGCUCAAGUUUUGGAGGCGGCCAUGAAUUUUUGAAGAAAGAAAUGAAGCAGGCUGUGAAAAUUGUUCCCCCUGAUUGGAUCCGGAACGUGAUUUGUUGGGUUUUACACCUUCCAGGCGACGAUGAAGGUAAUCCACCGGAAAAAUAUAGCUUCCUGGACGCGGGAACUUCGUCUUAUCAAGCCGAGGAUGAAGAUCUUGAAGAAGCUGUCCCUGAAAAUCCAGCCGGGUUACAAGCUUUAGAUGAGGAACAUGGAGAGGUCCAUCACGAUGGAGAGAUCGACAAUGUAGAACAAGGAACAGAGGCAAAUAUUGGAAACGGUACCACAAGGUCCAAUGUGUGCUUGCAAAAAGGCUCGAAGAAGCGGCUGAUCACCCGGCCACAUAAGAUUGGAGUUGGAUGCGCCGUUUGUGGUUUUAUGAAACUUCCUGAAUACAUGGCUCGAGCUACUUGCAAAUGCAGAGGCUAUUUCAUCUGUGUAAAGGAUUGUCUAAUCAAUUUGGCUAUGGCAGAGGCUCAGGAGAACGUCCAAAUUGUUUACCCAGACUGCUCAGCUCACUUGCUUGAAGAGAGGCUUGUACCCAGGUUGCUGCAAUGGUUUGCUACCAGAUCCAGGAAUUGA